GAUCUCAUUGAGUCAUUCAGCCAACUGAGCAGCACCGGUCACUUUGGGAGUCCAGGCAGCAACUAGCCAAUAGGAUGGACACAUUCAGCCAACAACUGGAGGACUUCUACCCUUCUUGUUUCUCUCAGUCCAGUCCAGGGGGGUUCACUGACCCACCAGCCCAGCACUUAACCAUAAACCUUGGUGCAAUUCAAAAGGAUUUCCAAGAGGCAGGCUUAAAGGCAAAUGUUCAAGCAGCCAGUGAUCCUCAACCACCAGGAUCCCAGAAGUCGACCCCUCAGUCAAAGCAAGAAAUGGUUUCUCCAGUAUCUUCAGCUGAUGUCACAAUGGGGUCACAGCGCCGGAAGAGAACAUUUUAUAGCCAGAACAAGUUGGAUGUUCUAGAACAGUUCUUCCAGACCAACAUGUACCCAGACAUUCACCACCGGGAAGAAUUGGCUAAACGGAUUUACAUCCCAGAGUCCAGAGUUCAGGUCUGGUUCCAGAACAGAAGAGCAAAGGAGCGCCGCGACAAGGCCAGAUUGAACCCCUCUCCAGCAGAAGGAGUGUGCUAUCCCAGUGUUCGACUACCCAACAGAAGAACGUACCCCUCCAACCCACCUCCAAAUGUGUCUGUUACCCAGCAACACUUGGUUUUGCCAAAACUACAGGGCCAACUGUUCAUGAAUUCCCAGCAGAAUCACUUCCAACCAACUCAGGAAUCCCACCUUUAUCCAGAAUCUACAUAUGCUGUUUCCCAGCAGAGGAUCCUGAUGCAGCAGGCUACCCGGAGUAGCUUCCAUGGUUUUUCAGCAUCUUAUAAACCUACAGACACUCGGCAGCACUUGUACAAAUACAUGAGCCCAAUGGGAGGCAUCCAGGAGAAAGUCAUGGAUCUCAGCAAGAAGCACAGUCAGAUGCCCUUUCAUCCCAGUCUUCUGAUGGACUUCAACUUCCCACCCAACAAGACCAUCACUCCAGAUAUGAAUGUUAGAAUCCCACCAAUUCCUGUCUCGGCAUCCUCAAACAACCACAGUCGGAUGAACGUCUUUGAUACCAAAGAGGCCUGCCCGGUGGUUCCCUUGCCAGAGGAUGUCUAUGAGGAAUUCUCUCCAGUCUCUGAUUCUGGUGUUAGUGAUGGCUCUGCUGUGUCUUUUACAGAUACUGAUGGUUCUGUUCUUGACAACUUGUAAGAGAAAGCAAAGAGUGGACAUCUCUAAACCCCAUCGUGUGUCAUUAGGUUUUGUCUUACCCAAAUGGAUUGAUGGACUUACCAAUAAGCCAAGCCUACGUCCUACUGAUAUCUCCUAGGGCCACCUAAAGUGCUUCAGAUUCUUCCCAUGGACACAAAGCAUCAGCCAUACUGGUUUCCCAUAGAUUUCCCAGUAGUGUAGCUA